ACGGCCAACAUAAACCGGCUUUGCUUGAGGUGGCUGAGUUUGCUGCUCUACGGCGGCAGAUGGUUGCGAGCAGCGGGAAGCACCGCUGGGGAGGCGCCGUGAAGCAAAUCACCAAAUCGAACUUCUCCGCAGCCCUCCAACAGAUCAAAGUCCACAUCCAGGAUGCCGACUUCAUCGCCGUCUCCUCCCAGAAGACCGGAGACCUCGCCGCCUCCUCCUCCCACCGCUAUCCCUGGCGCCGCAUCCUUCCCAUCGACAUCGCCGAGACCGCUUACCUCAAGGCCAAGCUCGCCGCCGAGACCUUUGAGCUGCUCCAGUUUGCCGUCUGCCCCUUCCGCUUCCAAGGCUCCAAAGUCGUCGCCUUCCCGUACAACUUUCAUUUGUUCCCUCGAGAUGAGCUAAAUUUGGGCAUGCCUUCUUACAGUUUUUCAUGUCAGACUUCAUUUCUGGCAUCUAUGGCUCGAGAAGGUUUUGAUUUCAAUGUCAGCAUUUAUGAUGGUAUAUCAUAUUUAUCCAGAGCUCAAGAAUCCAUUGCAAAAGAGAGAACUACUCCUCGUGUCUAUUCAUCAUCUUCCUCUCCAAGUCCAUCAGUUGCUGAUUCAAUUUUUAUUGGAAGAAUCAAGUCUAGAGUAGAGAACUGGAGGAAUGCUUGUAAAGAUCCAUGCAACAUGGCAGAUGGGUCUCUAGCUAAAUCCCUGCGGAAACUCAUCCUAGGUGGUGAAGUUUAUGGUUCAAGGCCCUCCUUGAGCAUUGAUGUCUGCAGUGAUCGUCAAGUUCAGCUGGCUUUGGAGAUGGUAACUCAUAUUUCUGAUGACCUUGUACCUCUAGUUGUUCCGGACAAAUCUGGGGGUGCCAAGUCAGUACGGGUGGUGCUGACUAGUUCAGAGGAAGAUAAGAAUCUUCUCAUGAGUGAGAUUCAAAAUCUUGAGGAAGAACAGAACCUGAAAGUCCGUGGGUUCCGAGAAGUGAUUGAUCUGAUCUCCAGUUCCAAAAAACCAAUUAUUGCCUACAAUUGUCUACAUGAUUUUACAUUCAUUCAUUCAAAGUUUAUUUCCCCUUUGCAACCAAGCCUGAAUGAAUUUAUGUGCUCUUUGAGGUUGGUCUUCUCUAAUAUAGUUGAUGUCAGCCAUCUGUUGAAGGAAAUUGGCCCUUUGAGAAAAGCAAGGAACCUACCUGCUGCUCUCAGUUACUUAAAGAGGCAGUUUUUUGUGCCCAUAGAUGUGGAAAUUCCUCAACUUGCUGAUGGAAAUAGCAACAACAACCAUGGACAUAAUGUCUUGAAACUAACACGAGUGUUUGCAAAACUCGGCAUCUUACUGAAAAUAGUUCCUGAUUGUCAAACUUCACUUGGACAGCACACGGUGCCAAUUGAAGAAUAUGCAAACAUCUUUUAUCCCAUUUCUAAUAGCCUUCAAGAAAGUGAGGCUGAUGAUGUUGAUUUCCAUAUGGAUAAUGUGAGGAAAAUCAGUACUGAUGACUUAGUUUUCAUUUGGGGAUUUCGUGAGGGAACUUCUGCUGCAGAACUAAAAAACCACCUUCGACAAACCCAUUCUGUGUUCUCAGAAGACAUUGAAUUGCAGUUGGUGGAUAAGACGUGUGCAGUUGUGGUUUUUCAGAAGUCAGGUUCUGCAGAGGCUUUACUAAAAGAAAUAGGAUCCGGAAUGACUAAUUCUACUGCUCCGUCCAAAAUAAUCUCAGAAGGGCUGAAAGCAGCAGGCUAUGAGGCUUAUAAGAAGGUUUGCAGGUUGGGUAUGUGGGAGGCUGAAUUAGCUGAUUCUUUGGAUUGUGCAUUGUCUGAACCUUCUGGUGAUCUCACCAUUUCUUCUGGGGAGGAUGCCUCCGAGAUUUACUGGAGCAGUGAAUCGAUGAUUGAUCUGAAUGAUCUUUAGAAAAAAUUUAUUUAUUUAGUUUUCUCAAUUCUAACUGUGGGGGAUCCAGGUGAAGGGAGCAAGUCAUUAGGAUGUAAAAGGGUAGUAAGAGGCAGUAACAGCAGUGCGCUGCAAGUGACCACAAGGUCAAAGAACUAAAUACAAGAUCUUUCAUUUUGGAUAAUUUCUAAUACCAAAUCCAGAGAUCUAUAUCAUCUGUUAAUAGGAAGCUUGUGCUGCCCGAUGAACAUUUACAAUUCCAGUUCACAGGUUAUUUAUGUUUCGGCAAACUGUUGUACUGGUUGUAAUUUUGUGUUGAAUUUUCUAUUUAAUGAAUGUCAAAUACAAGAAUUGAUGUUUGUUUUUGAGAAA